AUGGCAAUGCGCAUCGCUCCUGCGGCCGCGAACCCAAGCUCACAUAGCCAUCUCGCCUCUCACAGCAUCGGCGCGCCCUCUGCCCCAGGUCUCCAUGACACACUACGCGCAGGUGUCGGACCCAAAUUCUCCCUCUCCACAUCUGCCUCGAGCGUCGACGCACCGGAUUCCUCCCAUCCUCUGGAAGCAAGACUCAAGAACUGGGAGGCAACGCAAGAAGCACUGAAGAUGGAGGGAUUGAGAAGGACGUUCGGGAUCGCGGAGCCGAUAAGAAGGGGCAUGGAGUUUAAGAUUGUGAGAGAGGGAAGCUGGAGACCUGCUGUUCUAGGGGGUGGUAGAGGCGAUGUACAUGAAGAUAUCCUAAAGGGAAGGGAGUGCGAGAUAACAUGGGAGGACAUCUUCACCGGCGACGAGACACGAAAUAUUCCCGGUUUCCAUGAGGAGGUUGAGAGGAAGGUCCGGAUGCAGUAG